GAAGCAGUCUAUGAUUUUCUGAUUUUCCGAUUAAUUCACAAACAAUAGCACAACAUGGCACCCGCUUUUCCUCGCGUCCAAGCAGCAGCCAUCGAUGGCAGAUUCGACACCAUUUACCACCGACAGGUCGAGCUGGAGAGUCUCUGCAAGGCAUUGAUCGAUAAUGUCAACGAGAUCAAGCAAGCCAUCGCCGCUGAUUCGGGACACACGCCUGCAGAGGUCGCUGUCGAAUAUCAUCGAGCUCUGUCGGCAGUCAAGAGAGACUAUGCGACUCUCGAGCCGGUGAAAGCUCACGAGCAGGAAUAUCUGAUUGCCAACGGAAAGGAUGCCUCCCAUCGACGGACACCAGCAGGUGUUGUUUACAUCGAACCCACGACACACACCUUGUUCUACUCGACGAUUGCGCCGCUGAGUGCAGCGUUGGCAGCGGGGAACACUGUCAUUGUUCUGCUGGAGAACAAUCUACGCGCGGUUCCUGGACUUCUUCGACGAUUACUCCCUGCGUCCCUCGACGCCGACGCCGUUGCCAUAGCUUCAAAGCCUGUUCAGGACAAUGAGCUUCCUGCAAGUGCGAUCCGAGUGCUCCAGAAUGGCGUCGACGGGAUACCUCGACUGAACCAGCUCACAUCACAAUCCGGGUCGGCAGUAGUGGCAGUGGUGGAUCGUACGGCGGAUGUGAACCUCGCUGCUCGAGAACUAGUCGCCGCCCGUUUCCGCUUCGGUGGCCGUAGUCCCUAUGCCCCUGACGUCGUUCUGGUCAACGAGUUUGUCAAGAAAGAUUUCCUGCACGCGGUCGUCAGCGAGACAGUGCAGGUACUCAAUACCGCCGGACUGGACAACAACACGGCAGGAAGCAACCAAGUCGGCGACUCGAUCAAGCGCUUGCAAGAGUCGAAUCCCAACAUGAGAAUCAUCUCGCAGGAGGGUAAAGCAGCAGUGGUGGAGCUCAGCUCGAGAACAGGGAUCGUGGGCACCAAAAUGUCGGCUCCUAUCUUCGCAGUCCAUGCAGUCAAGAGCUUGGAUGAUGCCAUUGAUCUGGUCGGCUCUCAGAGCACCGCACCCGCACUCGCAGCAUAUCACUUUGGCAACCCGAAAACAGGCAAAUAUCUCUCGCAAUUCAUUGCAGCAGAGGCGUCAUUCGUCAACCAUGUACCACACGAACUGCUCAUUGGGCCUGCAUGGCCCAGUGGGAGACCGGUGGACACGGCAUGCCAUUACCCGAUCGAGGCGUUGUCGGUGGCCAGACCAGUGGGAAUCAAGCCUUCGACACGAUCGGAGCAGAUGGCGAGUGCAUUGUCGACAAAGAGCAACACGGUCUCACAGAAGCUCACAGCCGAAGCCACGGCGCCUUUGAAGGCAUUCAAGCGGAACCCAGGAGGUGGCGUGGGUUUCUUUGAGCAAGGCUUCUUGUAUAAUGCGGGAUUUUUACUCGUCAGUACGGUGAUUGCCAGUGCUACGGGUGGAUUUUGGCUGUGGAGGAAUUCCCGGCGUGCGUGAUAAUGGUCGAUUAAUAGGUAUCUACUUGUAAGCUUGGUAGUUUGGGUAUUGUCUCCUGUUAUCACUUCAGCCAUCAUGAGACUACCUCCUACUUGUGAGAAACAUGGCGGGCUCUUCCCGUGGUGAGUCUGUAUUAUAGUACGUUGGAGAGCUUCCAAGUGCCGACUCGGUAUCCACCUCCGUAUUGCUUGAGUGUAUGUACACUGUACGGUACCUUAGGCAGAAAUAGGUCUUGGCAUCAAACAUGUGGAGGAGGCGGAGAGUGGAGGGGGAGCAGAGUGAAGUCAGUGAGACUGUGAGAGGUGGAAUUGUCCAUUCGUUGCCGCUGUCGAUUGGAGGAGAAUUACCCCGUCCCCCUGUCGCUCUGGGAUUUGGCAUCCAAAGACUGUGGAGCCUCGUUGCAUUUAUCCAUUCCAGCCCACUCUCUCCAGGGCUAUGACAGGAAACGACACGACAUUUACUUGAUAAAGC